AGCCAAACCUAAAGAAGAGAACCCAAGUUGAUCGUCAAAAGCUUCUAACUUGCGCAUUUAAACCUUAUUUUCAGUUCCCUUUUUUGAAAUUUCUUCUGCGAACAUUCAACUUUCAGAAAUAAUAUUCGGUAGGAUAUUAUUCAACCGUCUCUCUCCCUCUGUCUCUCUGCCUCUUCCAUGGCGGAGGACGGAGAGAAGAGCAGGACGGGUGUUCACUCGGGCGGAGUCGUUGACUCGAUGCCCUUGUUCGUGAAGGAGCUUAUUGCCGGCGGCGUCGCCGGAGGUAUUGCGAAGACCGCCGUUGCUCCUCUCGAGCGUGUUAAGAUCCUGUUCCAGACCAGAAGAGAUGAGUUUAGAACCAUAGGGCUUAUAGGAUCCAUCAAGAAGAUAGCCAACACGGAAGGGUUCAUGGGUUUCUACAGAGGGAAUGGCGCAAGUGUAGCUCGGAUUGUUCCAUAUGCAGCCCUUCACUACAUGGCGUAUGAGGAAUAUCGUAGAUGGAUCAUCUUUGGUUUUCCUGAAACAACCCGAGGCCCUCUUCUUGAUCUCGUGGCUGGAUCAUUCGCUGGAGGCACCGCGGUUCUCUUCACCUAUCCUCUUGAUCUUGUCAGGACGAAAUUGGCGUAUCAGGUUGUUAGUUCAACAAAGGUGCAAGCUAAAGGGGUAAUUCCGAUAGAACAGAUGCUCUACAGAGGAAUUCUUGAUUGUUUCUCGAAGACAUACAGAGAAUCUGGAUUGCGAGGCUUGUAUCGUGGUGCUGCUCCUUCACUGUAUGGUAUCUUCCCAUACGCUGGUUUGAAGUUCUACUUCUACGAGGAGAUGAAACGGCAUGUUCCCAUAGACCAUAGGAAAGAUAUUUCUGUGAAACUCAUCUGUGGAUCAAUUGCUGGGUUGAUCGGACAGACCUUAACAUACCCUCUUGAUGUUGUCAGGAGACAAAUGCAGGUGGAAAGACUAUCUGCUGCUGGUAGUCAAGACACAAGAGGAACAAUGCAAACCCUUGUUAAUAUUGCUAAAGACCAAGGGUGGAAGCAGCUGUUCUCUGGCCUUAGCAUCAAUUACUUGAAGGUUGUCCCGUCCGUGGCAAUUGGAUUCACGGUUUAUGAUGUCAUGAAGUCAUCUCUAAGAGUCCCGUCUCGAGAAGAAACCGAGACAGAGGUCAUGACCCGGAAAAGAAACGUUCUUACCUGAAUGUAAGAUCUGUUGGAUUACUUAUUCUUAUUCAUUCCGUGUACGAUCUCUCUAUGAUAUUCGAGAUUGUACACUCCACAUUUCUUAGCAAUUAGGUUGCAUUCCUCUAAAUAAAGAUUGAUGGGUAGGGGAAGAGGGCUUACACUGAAGCAGUGUAAGAUGAAGUUCAGAACUUUAUGUAUAUACUGAGUUUGAGCAAUAAGAAGAAGCUCUUCCAGGUUCA